ACCUUGACCAGCUGCACGACUCCACUCUCACCUAGUUGCCUUUGCAUGAAAGUCAAGGGUGCAAUCCUUCCGUGAACUUCAACUUCACUGUGUUCUAACUUCUGUCUGUCUGUCUCUCCAAUCUCAAGAUCUGAGUAUCAGAUGAGCUUCAGCGUCACACGGAAAAAAAGAAAGUGAGAACAAAGCCAAUUCAUGUUCCAGGUGAGCCCUUUCAUAUCUAAGUCUUCAUAGAUUUCCCACCUUAGACCGCUUUUGGCUAUAGAAUCUGUGUCUUGUAAUUCAUUUUUUGCUCUUCCGGGUUUUGUUUCAUCGAUUAUUUGGAAGCGGUUAACAUGAAUUAGAUGUUGUUCUGCGGGUAAUUAAGUUCAAAAUGCUGCUUUUCUUCUCUGGAUUUUGAAGAAUUUGAGCCAGUGAAAUUGGGUCUUCAGAGUUCUGGUUAUAGUUUUUGGGUGGUCGGCGAUUUGGGGGAAAACCCAGUUGGGAUUUCCAGCCAUGAGGAUCCCAUCUUCGGAUCUAUAUAUCUGGAUUUUGUUGGGGUUGCUGGUAUUCUUUUCUUUUAGUUUCACCGAUUCAUAUGUGACGCCGUUUGAUGGCGCCGUGUCCGUAGGCGAACCUUCUGUAACCUAUAAGUACGAUCGGCUCGACGAAGUCAAGAGGGAAUGUAAGUCUAUUAUAUCUUCGGCUUCUGAACUGAAACCAGAUGACAAUAGAGUGUAUACUAUUAGAAAUGAGCUCUCCUUUUUAAAUGGGGAUUGGGCGCAGCAGGAGGACGGCUCACCGAUAAUUCCAUUUGAUGACCGUGACAUGCCCAAAAGCUCUGCAGAUCUCAUCUCUCCUUUAAAGUUAAUUUCUUUCUGGGUCAUGGACGUUAAUCCAGUCCGAACAUCGAAGUACACGAUCGCUGUCAGUGGGUUGCUGUUUUUCGGCAUUACCAGAAAUGGGUCGUUUGCCUAUAAGCCUUAUCUUCAGGGAUCCCCUGACUUUCAGAUGUGGCCUGGACAUUCUCAGCUUGCUGUCUCGUUUCAAGGGGUUUAUACUGAAUCCGAGGGGAAAGGAGGGGAACGUGUGAUGUGCUUGUUGGGGACUUCGAUGUUGCCUUCUCGUCAGCCUGAUUCUACUGAUCCAUGGGAGUGGGCGAAGGCAUCUGGCCCUUAUGCUUACCAGCCAAGUUUUUUGCAGGAUGAUCAAAUUUUGCUAGUCCUUCAUUACCCAAAGACCCUUACCUUGAGUAGCCGGGCAAUUUAUGGAGAAAUGAAAAGCCUAAACAAGAAAUCAAGUAUUAAGUACUUUGAUACCAUUCACAUUUCUUCUCAGUUGGGCCCUUAUGCGAAUUAUGAGUUUGGGUCAGAAGAACUCAUCUCCAAGACGUGUAAUCCAUACCCAUAUCCUGAUAACUUGAUGGAUGAUGGGACUGAUGUUUAUAAAGGGUCUGAUUUUUGUGGGAUUCUUCAGAGAUUUACAUCUAGAGAGGCCUUCUCUGUUGUGCCAAAUUGGAAGUGUAAUAACGCUGAUGAGUAUUGCCGCAAGUUGGGCCCCUUCAUGUCAGUAAAGGAGAUUAAUGCCACCGAUGGUGGCUUUAAAAAUGUUAGGCUUCUCAUGCAGGAUGUGAGGUGUGAAGCACAGGGCAAUGGUAGCUCUGCAAGGGUGUCUGCUGUGUUCAGAGCUGUUCCUCCAUUUGAGAAUCAGUUUACUGCUGUGGAGAGGACAGGUCUUAGCAACAUGACUCUUUCUGCUGAGGGAAUCUGGAGUUCUUCCAGCGGGCAGCUAUGCAUGAUUGGUUGCAUUGGAGUUGUAGGCAAAUCAGUGGAUAGAUGUGAUUCACGAAUUUGUGCAUAUGCUCCUCUAGUGUUUUCUGUCAAACAGCGAAAUGCCAUUCUUGGGAGUAUAUCAAGCAUUAAUAACAGAACUGGUUCAUACUUCCCAUUAUCCUUUGAAAAGAUAAUGCAGCCUUCCGAUCUGUGGGACCAGUUUAGCACCUCUCAUUUGUCAUACAAAUACUCAAAAAUCAAGUUAGCUGGUGCUUUCUUAGAGAGAAGUGAGCCCUUCAAUCUCGGUUCUGUCAUCAAGAAAUCAUUCCUCAAAUUUCCUUCGCUACAAGAUUCAGAGUCAUUCCUAGUCAGUCUUUCCCUUCUAUCUGAGGACCUCACCCUGCAUGUCUCUGCUGUCCCAGAUCCAUUGUCCAACCUCCACCCUCUAAGAACUACUGUUCAAGUGGAUAUACUAUCUCUUGGACCACUGUUUGGGCGUUACUGGCCAUCACAAAAUUAUUCUACUGCAGGAACAGAAGAUUUUCCAUUCCAUGCUAAGGCUGAAUCCACUGAAAGACAGAUGCUUCUGAAUGUCUCAGCUCAGCUCAUACUGGAUGGUAAACUUUAUAGUAAUGCAUCUUUGCUGUUCCUGGAGGGUCUAUAUGAUCCACAUUUUGGAAAGAUGUACCUAAUUGGUUGCAGAGAUGUCCGUGCCUCAUGGAAGAUCUUAUUUGAGAGCCAUGACCUUGAAGCUGGGUUGGAUUGCUCGAUUGAAGUUAAAAUAGAAUACCCACCCACAACUGCCCUAUGGUUAAUAAAUCCAACUGCAAAGAUCUCUAUUGCUAGCCAAAGGACUGAAGAUGACCCCCUCUAUUUUGGCCCAAUCAACCUCCAGACUCUUCCAAUUCUUUAUCGAAAGCAACGGGAAGACAUACUUUCUCGCAGAGGAGUUGAGGGGAUUCUUCGAAUUCUGACACUUUCAUUGGCAAUUGCUUGCAUUCUAAGUCAGUUGAUCUACAUCAGAGAUAAAGUAGAUGCAGUUCCUUAUAUAUCUCUUGUCAUGCUAGGUGUGCAAGCUCUUGGCUAUAGUAUCCCACUGAUCACAGGUGCUGAGGCUCUUUUCAAACGGAUGGCCUCUGAAGAAUAUGAAAAGCCAUCUUAUGAUCUUGAUAAGAAUCAAUGGUUCCAUGUGAUUGAUUACACGGUAAAGCUUCUUGUACUGGUUGCUUUUCUUCUAACUCUUAGGCUUGGCCAGAAGGUAUGGAAAUCCCGUAUCAGACUACUCACACGCACCCCUCUAGAACCUCGUCGAGUUCCAAGUGAUAAACGGGUCCUCUUCACUAGUUUAGUUAUACACACAAUUGGAUUCAUAAUUGUUCUCACCGUUCAUGCUUUCAAUGCCAGCCAGAGGCCAUUCCGGCAACAAAAAUAUAUAGAUCCAAGUGGAAAUGCUCAUACACUGUGGGAGUGGGAAACCAAACUAGAGGAGUAUGUGGGUCUUGUUCAAGAUUUUUUCCUGCUUCCUCAAAUUAUUGGCAACUUCUUGUGGCAGAUCCACUGCAAACCUCUCAGGAAAGUUUACUAUAUCGGGGUCACCAUAGUGAGACUUCUCCCUCAUGUCUAUGACUACAUACGAACUCCGGUUUUCAAUCCAUAUUUCUCCGAGGAGUAUGAGUUUGUGAAUCCUAGCUUGGAUUUUUACUCCAAGUUUGGGGAUAUUGCAAUACCAGUAACUGCAGUUCUGCUGGCAAUAGUAGUCUACAUUCAGCAAAGAUGGAGUUAUGAAAAGCUAAGCCAAACUCUGAACUCAGGGCAGUGUAAGCUUCUUCCCUUGGGAUCAAGAGUGUAUGAAAGGUUACCGUCCAAGUCUUUCGAGGCUGAGCUUGCUUUAGGGGUAAAUGAAUCUGUGGAACCUGAAAGGGAUCAGAAGGAUGAAGAAUGAUGGGGGAUCGUCCGAAUGUUAAAUCCAUGCAAAGAACACCCUGAGCUCUACAUUGACCAACUCUACUAAAAAGGAAUGCUAUGUUGUCAUUGAUUCUAAUCUCCUGACCAUCCUAGCACCAUUGAUUCGCUACAAGCCAUUGAAAAUUUGGCCUAUCAUCAUCGCAUUCUACUGACGCCUCCUUCAAAAGUGUUUUUGUUUUUUCAUUGGAGCCUUUCUCGAGCUCUAUAGAAGCAUUUGGUUGGGUACUGUUACCUUCUAGUACUUGUACCUAUUAUUAUUGUUAAUGUGU